AGAGUGCGAACGAGAUGCUGCGUGCCGACCAGAAGACAUACGAUGCUGACAGGGCCUCGUUCCUCGAUGCCAUCCGGGGUGCUUUGGAGCAGUGGUCGGCCGACUACGAUUCUGGCGUUGUCAAGGUGGAGAUCCCGAAGCAUCAUCAACGUGCAAUUCACCAGUCUCCAGCGAGUGACGGUGUCGACGGUGUCGACCAGUCGGAUGUUGCGGGAACUCCUGCGUUCUUCGCGAAGCUCAAGUCGCUGAACAUGAACGUUCACUAGGGAGUGGGAAACACGACCUUGAGCCUUUGGCCUCGAAGUUUGGCGCUGAAGCCUGAGCGAGAUGAAUGCUUCAUAUUGGAUGAGGAACAACGGCAGGUAUUGAGCUUCACGCGAGAAUCAGGACCAUCGCGGCAGUCGUAUGAAAAGUCAUCAGCUCUGGACUGCUGCGUCGUCGCGUGGCGGACACGCCUCUGAUCCUUGCUUGCACUUUCCACCCGUUUCAAGUGCCGCGCCUUCAUGUCCUCGUCGCUCUUUCUCUGUCGUGAGUGAUCGCUGCUCUAG